CGCUGGCAAGCAGCCGGCGGGACAGACUGACGUGUGGUUGCAGCGCAGGAGGCGCAUGGCGGGGAUGGCGCUGGCACGGGCCUGGAAGCAGAUGUCCUGGUUCUACUACCAGUACCUGCUAGUCACCGCGCUUUACAUGCUGGAGCCCUGGGAGCGGACUGUGUUCAAUUCCAUGCUGGUUUCCGUUGUGGGGAUGGCACUGUACACUGGAUACGUCUUCAUGCCCCAGCACAUCAUGGCGAUUUUACACUACUUUGAGAUUGUUCAAUGACCACGAUGUAACCAGGAUCUAGAGGUUCCUUGGGGAAGAUCCACCCUAUGAAGUUGGAAUGAGACUUCAUCAGAUGUCAUAAGAAACUCUACCAGAUGUCAACAUAACCAACCUUAUAAAUACAGAGACUAAGAUCCAUGAGUAGAACAGGAAAAUCAUCCUGACUCAUGUGUUGUGUUCUUUAUUUUUAAUUUUGAAAGAGGCUCUUGUAUAGUAGUUUUUGUCUAUUUUAACAUUGUAGUCAUUUGUACUUUGAUAUCAGUAUUUUCUUAACCUUUGUGACUGUUUCAAUAUUAUCCUGUGAAAGCUUUUCUUAAUGUAACUUUGAGUACAUUUUAAUUGCCUUCUAUUUUUAAAACCCAAAGUCAUUAGUUGGGCUCUACUGUUCUUGCUAUUGUAUGGCAUAUACAUCUGCCUGGAUAUAUUUUUACUCUUGACCAAAGUUUUGUAAGAAACAAUACACGAUUUGGGGCCAGGGGCAUGGGAGGGAGGAUAUUUUAUUGAAGAACUACUUACAAAAGACUUCUGUAAGCUUGAACUCAGGAGUACAGUUUAGCUAUCUAGACUCUUAACAGCUUUUGCUUUAAAACUAUUCAAGUGUUUCUUAGCAAUGAAAAGUAAAAGAUCUUGCUAAAAUUAAAAUAAGGAACACUUUACCUUUUAGAUAUUUAUUCAUUAUGUAGACUUAUUUCUAGAAAACUUUGGUGAUGAUUCUUGACAACAGAUGGUUAAGUAGCAUUAUUAUGUAAUGCUUGUAUAUACUGUAGAGUUUUUAAUAGAAGGUAAAUCAGUUUCCUCCAAGGGCCACUAUUAACAGUAUAUGUACUUUCUUGAAUUUAGUUUUCAUGAUUGUAAUGGGUGCUGCAAAUGCAUUUGCACAUUGCAAUAAGAUGUGAUGAGAUGAAUUGUUAAAAACUAUAGCAGCAAAAAGAAGUGUAAAUUUGGUUAAAAUUCUUUCACUCUUUGUAUUUUUUUUUAAGAUUUUUAUUCCUUAAAUGUAAAAUGACUACCUAAUUUUUUGAUGUAAGCUCAUUAAAUUCAAAGAGAAGAAAAA